UUUUCUUCCUCCCGGCGUCAACCUCACUCCAAGCGCCCCAAUUUACCAAACCAGUACUCCUCGCCGCUCCGAUCCGCCAAAUUCUCCAGUCGCUCAAACCCUAGAAGCUAUCCCCUGACGGCGAACCACAGAGCUCCAAUCGAAGAAGCGGCCGAUCAGGCCAUCUACUGCUAUUUCUAGCGCCGGAUUUGGGUUCGGCGCGAUGUCUUGGGCCGGGCCCGACGAGAUCCUCCUCUCCACCUCCCUGGCCGGCUUCUUAGAUAAAAAACUUAUUGUCCUACUACGAGAUGGACGAAAGCUGCUUGGCACUCUCUGCUCAUUCGAUCAGUUUGCAAAUGUUGUUCUUCAGGGUGCUUGUGAACGAGUAAUUGUGGGCGAAUUAUAUUGUGAUGUUCCUCUUGGUUUAUAUGUGAUCCGCGGAGAGAAUGUUGUAUUAAUUGGAGAACUGGAUCGCGAGAAGGACGAACUCCCUAGUCACAUGACUUGUGUUUCAGAGGCUGAAAUAAGAACGGCCGAGAAAGCCGAAAAGGAAGCAAGGGAUCUGAAAGGCACAAUGAGGAAGAGGAUGGAGUUCCUAGACUUCGAUUAGCGUCCAUCCAUUAGUCAGUCAUGUUGAUUGAUAGUUGGUGCUCCCUUUGUGGCCGCUGGUUUUUAAUGGCGGCAUUUGCUAUGUUUGUGGGCAAUGGAAGCUCCUGAUUGCACUGUGUCUUAUACUUGUUGUUCAGCCCUAAUGAUGCUCUGGACCGAGGGGCUCUUCCUCAGUAGCAAUGUACCGGCCCUGUAUUCUUAUCUUCUGUUGCAGUUUGUUUCUCUUUCUUGAGAGCUGUUACUUGGCCAUGCAAUUUUCUGCUCGGAUUCUUAUUACC